GGGGGAAAUUUGGACAACUGAAACUAGAUCACCGCAUCUUGAACAUCCCAACACUCUUCCUACUCAACUCUCGUCUCCUUCAAUCUACUGCCACUGUUGAUAAAAUCGCGAUAAUUUUUCGCCGGUACCGGAAACCUAUAACUUCUGAGGGUAACUCAUCUCACGAAUGUCGGCGGCGAAGCCUCUCCCAUCGCAAUCACCACCUUCUUUCACCGCCAUCUCUACAAAACAAGGAUUAAUCCUAAUCCUUUCAACCCUAACCCUACUUACAUUCAGUUACAUAUCUUUCACUUCCUUAGGUUCUACUCUCCAAUACAACUACUCUUAUCCACCCCCUACAACAACACUGACUGCUGCUUCUACAUUGAAGGAGGAUGUGGAUGUGGAGGACGGUGCAAGUACAAAAUCGGAUGGGUUUUCGGAUGUAUAUCAUUCUCCGGAGGUAUUUAAGUUGAAUUAUGCGGAGAUGGAGAAGAGAUUUAAAGUUUAUAUAUAUCCAGAUGGGGAUCCAAAGACCUUUUAUCAAACGCCCAGGAAACUCACUGGGAAGUAUGCCAGUGAGGGGUAUUUUUUCCAGAAUAUUAGAGAGAGUCGGUUUAAGACAGAUGAUCCAGAUCAGGCUCACUUGUUUUUCAUACCAAUUUCGUGUCAUAAGAUGAGGGGAAAGGGAACUUCAUAUGAAAACAUGACUAUAAUCGUACAAAAUUAUGUGGAAAGCUUGAUAUCAAAGUAUCCUUACUGGAACAGAACCCUGGGUGCUGAUCAUUUUUUUGUCACUUGCCACGAUGUUGGUGUAAGGGCAACCGAGGGACUUCCACUUCUUGUAAAGAAUUCAAUACGAGCUGUGUGUUCCCCAAGUUAUGACGUUGGAUUUAUCCCACACAAAGAUAUUGCUCUUCCUCAAGUACUACAGCCCUUUGCUCUUCCACGUGGUGGAGAUGAUAUUGAAAACAGGACAACACUUGGUUUCUGGGCUGGUCAUAGAAACUCCAAGAUUAGAGUGAUCCUGGCACGCACAUGGGAGAAUGACACAGAACUUGACAUUUCAAACAACAGAAUAAAUAGAGCUUCUGGGCAUCUAGUAUAUCAGAAGAGGUUUUAUAGAACCAAAUUUUGCAUCUGCCCUGGUGGUUCACAGGUGAACAGUGCCCGUAUUGCAGAUUCGAUCCAUUACGGGUGUAUUCCAGUGAUUCUGUCUAAUUACUAUGAUCUGCCAUUCAAUGAUAUUCUUGAUUGGGGGAAAUUUUCGGUGAUACUUGAGGAGAAAGAUGUGUAUCAGCUAAAACAAAUCCUCAAGGACAUAUCCGAUGAACAAUUUGUCACCCUCCACAACAAUUUGGUGAAGAUUCAGAAGCACUUCCAAUGGAACACACCUCCCAUUCCAUAUGAUGCUUUUCAUAUGGUCAUGUACGAUCUGUGGCUGCGCCAUAAUGUCAUCAAAUAUUGACAAGUCAGGUUCACCUUUCCUUUCUUUUAAGGUCCAAAAAUGUUGUUUGCACAACCUUAGUUACGUGUACACAUUUUUUCAUUUUUUGACUGGUCAUAUGUAGUAGUUUACAAGCAGGUACAUGUGUUAUUUCUUAUCCCUUUGUAAAUUACGCUUUAGACCAUCUCGGAGUCUUGUUUUUCUUGAGCAAAUUCGUUAAAAGUGAUGCAUAUUUGA